UGCGCCCAGCCCUGUCCUGCUUCUCAGGGGCCUGCAGGACCCCUGGGGCUUUGUCCUUAUUCCCCAAGACCAGGACAGCUGGUGCCUCUGGUCACAAUGAACAUCGUUCUCUUCAGGGACAGCCAGGUGCGGAUAAUGGAGAACACGGUGAUCGACGCCGAGAAGUACUUCGGCCAGUUCUGCUCACUGCUGGCUGCCUACGCCCGGAAGACAGCCCGGCUGCGGGACAAGGCUGACCAGGUCGUCCUGCGGCUCAUCGACUUCGCCAACACCGAGAACCCCGAGAUGCGGGCCACCCUGAGGAACUUUGCUGAGGACCUGGCCAAAGUGCAGGAUUACCGGCAGGCCCAGGUCGAGAGGCUGGAGGUCAAGGUGGUCACCCCCCUAAAGCUCUAUGGGGCUCAGAUAAAACAGACGCGGGCCGAGAUCAAGAAAUUCACACGCACCCGGAACAACGAGAUCAAACAACUGGAAAAGCUGGAGAAACUGAGGCAGAAGUCGCCUUGGGAUAGGCAAACGAUCUCCCAGGCGGAGACCAGUGUGCAGAAGGCCUCGGUGGACACCAGCCGCACCACCCGCCAGCUGGUGGAGACGGUGGACGCCUUCCAGAAGCAGAAGCUGAAGGACCUGCAGAAAAUUUUUCUGGACUUUGUGACCAUUGAGCUGGCAUUCCACACCAAAGCGGUGGAGGUGUACUCCAGCGCCUUCCCGACCCUGCAGAACUGCGACCUGGACAGGGACCUGGAGGAUUUUCGAGCCAAGAUGCGCGGAGUUUAUGGGCAUUACGACGCUCGGCUCCUCGUGGAUACCACCCCCUCCGUGGCCGUUCCGUGGUCUCUCCCCGGCCAGCCUGCUCAGAGCACCAUCAGGAGCCAGAGGAAAGAAGAGGAGGAGAGUGAGGACGAGGCGGCCGAGGAGGACCUGGAGGCGAGCCUUGGGGGACGGGGCAGGCGCGCCAGCCACAGGACCAGAGCUCCCCAGUCAGAAAACUAG